UGCCGGCCCUGCACCUGCCCCUGCUGCCCGCGCACCUCUACCGGCCGGCAAUUUCCCACCCACACAAGUUAGACUUCAGGAAGAGCAAGGACAUGUGUUUAGGUUACAUUCAGGAUGCCCUGUUACAAAAGCAGUGGAAGAGGGCUGCAGAGUUUCUCACCUUCUAUAYUGAGUCAUUGGAGAAAGACUUUUCUACAGAAUACAUGGGUCCUUCAGAGAUCAUUUGGAGAUUAGGAACAGAAAUUUUGUGCCACUGUUUACAUAACGACGUGAAAGAGUUCAACUCUUUCAUAGAACAAAUGAAAACUUUAGGAGUAAAAAGGUAUUUGAAGAUCUGUCUAGAGCAUGCUUUUCACCUCCUGUGUAAUGGACAAAUAGAUGAAGCCUACCAGAGCUUGUCCUUGGCAGAAAGCUGGAGGUUUGGAGAACAAACAACAGCUCAGGAUAAAGAACUGAAGCUAAUUCAGGCUUACAGAGGACUGUUGGACUACUAUAACUGGUCUAAGCAGAAGAAUGUCUUUYUAGAGUAUGAUAAGGAUGGAUUUGAAGACUUGUCUGUGGAACAGGAGAUGCACAAUUCCUUCCGGAAGGCAGCAGUCAGCUUAAAGGAGAUCAUUCAAAUACCUGGAGUCUGGGAUCUCUUUGUGCAGUGCUAUAUAGAUCUGCUGGAGUUCUAUGGGGACCAUGAGGAAGCCCGCCAAGUGUUAAAUGAAUACGCCUACAACUCAAAGUUUCCCACUAAUCCCAAUGCUCACGUUUACCUCUAUCAGUUCCUAAAGAGACAUGGGGAACCGAAGAAGUCAUUGAUCUCUGUGCUCAAGAUUUUGCAUGAUAUUGUUCCCUCUCAUGAAUUAAUGAUAGAUUUUCAUGCCAUGCUUCAAAAGUCAAAGAAAAGAAAAAAACGUCGACUGGGGCUAGAGGUUAUUUUUGCAGCCUUGGAUUAUGCUGGRUGGAAGGAAAAUGUCAAAGCAUGGAGUUGUCUGGCAAGACAAGUUAAGCAAAUUAUAAUCUCUAAGAAGCACCUUGAUUGGAUCAAGCAGGAGUGGAACUCCAGAAAGGACUGGUGGCCAGCCUUCCAUUUUAGUCAUUACUUGGCGAAGCAGAAUUGGCAGGAAAAUGAAAGCCUUGCGUAUGAAAAAGCUCUGGUGGCUGGAAUCUUACUGGGAAAAGAUUGCAAGUACUUUAAAUAUGUAUCACGCCAAGGCUGUAAAGAUCAGAAGAAAAAGUUUCGGAUGCUGAAGAAGUUUGUGAAUAAGCACAGCCCUGUCUACCUAAGAAUAUCUGGGCUUUCAGAUUCAUCCCAAGCUUGAUUAGAUCCCUGAGGAGGGAAAGGUCAUCUCAGUUGCAUGGCUACAGAGGAGAGCUGGUGUCACGGUGCUUGGAGAGAGCAAAGAAACAGAACUACCAAAAGUUUUGUCUGGUAGAAAAGGUUUGCUAGAAUCUGCUUGCAGUCCUGCUCAGGACAGCUGAAACAGGCACUGCUGCUGUUCCUGGAAAACAAAUGGUAAUGGGAUAUUUCUAAUGUUCUUAUGAGUUUUUGUGUUUUUCUGAACCCCUUUUUUCAAAAGAAGAGCGUUUCAGGAGUUUAGGUUAGGAGUAAGUAUUUGAGAGCUGUUGAUUUACACUAGGAGAGGGAUUAGCACUGGGAUGUGAACACCUUUGAGUCUUCAAGUACAAAAUCUYUUAUAAGAGAAGACUUGCCCUUUGAUUGCAAAGUUUUUGUUAAAAGGUGCAAAUAGUAAAGGAAUUCUGGAGKCCCUGCUGCUCGUUGAGAGCCCCUGCAUAAUUUGUAUUCUGUCCCUUUGGCUGCCUGUGGGAACCGUGUAUACUUGUAGCAGCUGAAAAUCCAUCUCCUCACUGAGGAAGAAAUGGCAGCCGAAGCAGCAAAGAUGUGAGUAGGGCUGAGGAGAACAAGUUGGACAAAGAACAACUUGAUGCCUUUGACAAAUCUAUUAAUUGUGCUUGUAGCUUUCUUCUGUGAUCUCAGUUGUAACUGUUGUCAACUUUAAGUGAUCUCGACCCAAGCUCUAAAAAUAGCAUAUUUGCCAGCACUCACUUACAGAGAGGMGUGGAGGAAAUCCUUGUUUGUAGGUGAAUUCCUCAGAAACUGGUUGGCAGCCAGGAAUUGUUCUCUCUGCUUGGUGCUAGAGCUGCAGCAGGACUGCAGUUUGCCAGUGGAAGAGCAUGGUCCCAGCUUUGAUAUAGCAGUCCACCUCAAGCAUUGCUCUUGUCCCUUCAAAAAAAAAAAAGCUAAAAUGCUCUUACCCAAGGUUGUGGUAUUUACACUUGAGACAAAACUCAAAACUGUCCAGCUCAAGUCCUGCAUGGAAUUUCCUGAGCAAACUGCUCAAUACAUGCUGUGCUUUCAAGCCUGUGCAUUGUACUUUGAAUGAAUGGUAACUCACAGUAGAUAGGGAAAGUCCUUCCUUGGCUCUGUAUGCUGCAGAUUUCUUAUGAACAGUCCUCUUUCUAUAUACAAAAUCUUUUUUAUACUAUAUUUUUUCAUAAAAAAUCACUACUGUACUACCAUUCUAUGCUGAGAUAAGGAAUUGCUCAGGGAAUCCAUAUCUUCUUGUCCAUAAGCCCAAUGACUAUUGUCCCUUCAUUAUUCCACCUCUCAUCUUGUAUUUUUAGUACUCAACUAGUUUGAUGAAGAAUUGCAUGAAGUUGCAAUUUGUUUUAGCUUUGCCAUCUGCUUUCCCUGUUGUCUCMUCCCUGUUUGUGAUGUUUGUCUUGCCCCAGAUCAUGAAAGAUGGCUAAUAAAGUAUCCUCUGCUCACAAACCAUGUUSAUCCCCUCACCCUCUGACAUCUCCCCGCCCCGUCCGCCCAGUUUCUGAUCAGCUGUCUCCUCCU